AUGAGUUCAAAUAGUGGGUCAUUCAGUGGAUCAUCGUCGUGUGAAAGUUUUGACGUUUCGCAGUACCGAAAGUUUUUGGAUGAAUUACAAAGACAUGCAAGCGAAUUAUGGGAAAUGACACUGUGUCAUACUCCUACUUCGAAUACAGUCGAACUGCUAAAAGAGCAUAUGGUGAUUCGAGAAUCCUUACUAGAAAUCGAAACUAUGCAAAAAAAUUUUUCACGAAAAUCAGAAACUGCUUUAACAUAUUUGGAACGGCGUAAAGCAGCUCUAGCAAAUUUUCUACAGUGGGCCGAUAUAGUUGGAAUUUCUCAUUGCUUUGUAAAAAUUGCAUAUGACGAAGAUGUGGAUGGAUUUGGUUUGGUAAGCUCAGAUUAUGUUACGGUUGGAUCAGAUUUGUUAAGAGUUCCUCGAAAAGCAAUCUUUUCAUUGGACCAUGCUCGACGAUCAUCUUUCUUAAAUCGACGUGCAUUUGACCGAGAUAUAAUAAUACGUUCAAUGGAAAAUGUUGCUUUGGCAAUGAUGCUAUGUUGCCAGAAACUAGUUCCGGAUUCAUAUUGGCAGCCAUAUAUUAAAGUGCUUCCUGAGAAUUUCAAUACUCCUCUAUUCUUCACUGUUGAACAGUUACAGUUUUUGCGUCCAUCACCGUUAUUUGAAGAAUCGUUAUUGCUAUACAGAAAUGUUUCGAGGCAAUUUAUUCACUUCUUACUGGAAAUUAUACGCAGCGAUGAAUUUCGUCAUAGAAAAAAAAAAUCAAAAGAAAAGCUGGAGCCAAUAUAUGUUAAUUCUCCUCUCACCGCAACAAAUUUCACAUUCAAUUUAUAUCGAUGGUCCGUUGCAUGCAUUUCAACGCGUAUUAAUAUGAUACCAAGUGAAAUGUCAAAAGAUGAUGUAGGUCAACCACGACUGAUACCUGGAUUGAUACCAUUUCUGGAUAUGGCAAAUCAUAGUUACAUUGAGGGAACUUUUCAUGAAUCAGUACAUUUUUCGGUUGAAUUUGACUGUGCCGAAAUUAUUGCUGUUCGAGAUUACAAACCUUUAGAAUCUGUGAAUAUUUUCUACGGUUGGCGAAGCAAUCGUGAUUUCCUGCUGCAUAAUGGUUUUGUACCUUCCGAGAAAAACACUCGAGAUAUUUAUAAGUUGAAAAUUGGACUUCCAAAAUCGAAACGUGAAGUUGCACGCAUGCGUUUAUUUCAUGACCUUGGUUUUGUUGCUGAAUCGACAAUUUUCGCUUUUGAAAUAAACAUAUCAAAGCCAUAUUUCCACGAUUUAUUGUUUCGUUUUGCUCAAAUUUAUGUUUUGGAUGAAGUAUUUUCAACAACUGAACAAGUGGAAGAAGCACUGAACUCAUCAGAUAAUGUUCGAAAAGCUUGGAAUUUUCUUCAUGAUCGUUUUGCUCUUCUCCUUAGAGCAUAUGAUAGAGUAGCCGACCCGAUUAAAGUGGCGCAUUCAGAAUCAUCUGAAUUUAUCAAAUAUAAUGCAAUUCGAAAAUCUAUGGUUGAAAGGUUGAAAUUAUCAGAAAUGGAAAUUUUACAAAAUGUGAAAGAUUUCUGCAAUGAGAAGCUACUAGGAACAGCUUAA